AUGACCAAGCUGAUCUCCCGCAACACGGUGAUCCCGACAAAGAAGAGUCAGAUCUUCUCCACUUACCAGGACAACCAGCCUGCGGUGAACAUCCAGGUCUUCGAGGGCGAGCGACCCAUGACCAAGGACAACCACCUGCUGGGAAAGUUUGAGCUGGGUGGAAUCCCCCCUGUGACUUUCGAGAUCGACUCGAACGGUAUCCUGAAUGUGGGCGCAGAGGACAAGGGCACCGGCAAGAGCGAGAAGAUUACCAUCACAAACGACAAGGGCAGGCUGACCGAAGAGCAGAUCGAGAAGAUGAUCCGCGAAGCCGAGGAGUUCGCGGAUGAGGACAAGAAGGUCAAGGAGCGCGUGGACGCCAAGAAUGCUUUCGAUGGCUACAUUCACUCUAUGCGAUCUGCUACAGAGGGCUCUGGAGACAACAAGGGCCUUAGUGAGAAGAUGGACUCCGAUGAGAAGGAGAAGAUUCUGGAUGCCCUGAAGGAUGGCCAGUCUUGGCUUGACUCCAACCCUGAGGCAGAUGCUGAGGAGAUCAAGGAGAAGCACAAGGAGGUCGAAGGCAUUUGCGCGCCCAUCGUCUCCAAGUACUACGGCGGCGGUGGUGCCGGCGGUGCUGGCGGCGCAGACGACGACGAGGAGGAGGCGUUGUUCCAACUGGGAGACCGCCUAGGUCUGGAGGCCAGCGACACAGAAAAGAUUUUCCACGGUGUCGUUGAGGAGCGGCUCAGGGAAAUGAUGAUUCCUGUACGGGAUGCCUGGGAAGAGGCUACUUACACGAAAGAGGCACUUCUGCAGCUUAACAAGGAACGUGGCAAGGCGCGGUCCGUGGUUUCGCGGAAGCCCAUGGUGAGGUUCAUUCUUUGGAGACAGGAUCUCGGGGAUGACCCGACAGCCGACGGCACCGGAGCCGAGCUUGGCAUUAAGGACAGUCCUCCUUUGGAAGGCGUGCGUGGCUUCAAGCUCAUGGAGGAGCUCACGAAGGUGGCGGACUUCUACACGAACAACAAGGUCCUGAAGGAUGACGCCGUGGACAGCUCCUCAGAAGACGAGGAUGCUUGGGCAGCUGCGUAUCCUGUCCAAGUCGGUAAGUGGAUUGAGGACAAGAACAAGGAGGAGAUGUACGGCAUCUUCGUGUGGAAUGCGAUCACAUGCCAGGUACGAGAUACAGUCGCGAAGUGGCGCGUUGCCAAUUCCCAGAGUGCAAGUGAGGCGGUAGGAAAGCUUGUUUUUAUUGGCGCUGCCGCAAAGGUGAGAAGCAUGGCUCCCAAAUUUGACCCGAACGAGGUGAAGGUCGUCUUUCUGCGGCAGUAUGGUGGUGAGCAGGCACCAUCUUCAGUGCUGGCACCCAAAGUGGGUCCUCUUGGUAUGUCUCCCAAGAAGGUAGGUGAUGACAUCGUGAAGGGCACCAGCCAGUGGAAGGGCAUCAGGGUGACAGUGAAGCUGACAAUCCAGAACCGGGCAGCCAAAGUCGAUGUGGAGCCGAAUGCCACCAGUCUCGUCAUCAAGGCCCUGAAGGAGCCACUCCGUGAUCGUAAAAAGACCAAGAACAUCAAGCACAGCGGAAACCUGACCAAGAACGUGUUCCUGGACAUUUGCCGACAGAUGCGAAAGAAGAGCUUGGCCAAGGAGUUCAAGGGCACAGCCAAGGAAAUCCUUGGCACCUGCUUCGCUGUCGGUUGCACCGUCGACGGCCAGAAGCCAAUUGCACUGCAGGAGGCGAUCGACAACGAAGAGCCUGACACCGCCGCACGGGACAGGUGGACUGCAGCAAAGUCGGUGAUUGGCGGUAUCCUGGGGCUCAGCCCGAAGGUGCAGCAGAAGGUCCUGGUUCGAAUGGUGUCAAGAUGGUGCAACAUGUUCAUCAAGAGCAAGGUGCAGGAGCAAGGGGAGCUCAAAAAGGACGACGUUUCCAUGCUCACGGAUUGGGCACCCAUGUUCUUCGGAAUAGAGAAAGACGUGACCAUGGACAUGGUCCAGGCUGCCAACAAGAGCCUGCUUCAGAACAAGGUGCUGAAGAUUCUGAACAAGCCUUCGGUGACACCGGAGGAUCUGAGCAAGCUUCGAGCCGAAGUGGACGAAUGGGAACUGGAAGUGGCCAAAGACUUGGAGCUUUCAAGACCUCAACUUCGGUCACUGUUCAGGGUAGAGGUCGCAUCGGUGGUCGAGGAUCCCGAUCUCAGCGACGAGCAGAAGGUGGAUGGCAUUGAAGCCUCCAGAGAGGCAUUUGGCCUCGCGGAGAAGGAGGCCAUGUCGGAGAUGCAAGAUUUGAUCAAGAACCGAUGUCGAUCCUGCUUGGUCAACGCUUCGGGAGACUUGUUGCAGGAGAACGAGGCUGCUGCAGUUGAUCAGAUGCAAAGGUUGGAGUUGUUAGCGGCUUUUGGCCUGUCAACUGGUGUCGAGUUUCAAGAUGAUUGGGAAGUGGCACCUGCCAUGAGGCAGAAGUUGGUGAAGACAUACGCGGCCGGCUCCAAAGGCCGAGCCCCGGACACAAGGAUGCUGGAGCGCGUGCUCAGUCUGGUCCAUGCCUGA